GCGUGGAGCUGUGGCGUGGGCAGUCCCCCUUCUAGGGGCGCUGGCGCGCUGGGCGGAGCUGCCUGCGGUCGGCGGGAGUGCCGCACCCGUCUCUGCACGGAAAGCUGCGCUGAGCGGCUGGCGAUGAGGGGCGCGGGGAACGAGGGUCCGGAGGCCGAUUGCGGCCAGGCGGGGGGCCGCCCAGAGCCAGAGCCCGAGCCCUCGGACGGCGCGCUGAGCGUGGAUGUGCCGGGGCUGUUGGCCCAGCUGGCACGCAGCUUCGCACUGCUGCUGCCGGUGUACGCGCUCGGCUACCUGGGGCUGAGCUUUAGCUGGGUGCUGCUGGCGCUCGGGCUACUCGCCUGGUGCCGCCGGAGCCGCGGCCUCAAGGCCAGCCGUCUGUGCCGGGCGCUGGCGCUGCUGGAGGACGAGGAGCGCGCCGUGCGCCUGGGGGUGCGCGCCUGUGACCUGCCCGCCUGGGUUCAUUUUCCAGACACUGAAAGAGCAGAAUGGCUAAAUAAGACUGUAAAGCACAUGUGGCCAUUUAUUUGUCAAUUUAUAGAGAAGCUCUUUCGAGAAACCAUAGAGCCAGCUGUGCGGGGAGCAAAUACCCACCUCAGCACCUUCAGCUUCACAAAGGUGGACAUGGGUCAACAGCCCCUCAGAGUCAAUGGUGUUAAAGUUUAUACAGAAAAUGUAGACAAAAGACAAAUUAUUCUGGACCUUCAGAUUAGUUUUGUAGGAAAUUGUGAGAUUGAUUUGGAGAUCAAACGAUAUUUUUGUAGAGCUGGUGUGAAAAGUAUUCAGAUCCAUGGCACUAUGCGGGUGAUCCUGGAGCCGCUGAUUGGAGACAUGCCUUUAGUUGGAGCUUUGUCCGUCUUCUUCCUUAGGAAGCCACUUUUAGAAAUUAACUGGACGGGGCUGACUAAUCUUCUGGACAUCCCUGGACUGAAUGGUUUAUCUGAUACUAUCAUCUUGGAUAUAAUAUCAAACUAUCUGGUGCUUCCCAAUCGCAUCACUGUUCCUCUUGUCAGUGAAAUUCAGAUAGCUCAAUUGCGGUUUCCUAUACCAAAGGGUGUUCUAAGGAUACAUUUUAUUGAAGCUCAGGAUCUUCAGGGAAAGGACACUUACCUUAAAGGCCUUGUCAAGGGAAAGUCAGACCCCUACGGAAUUAUCCGAGUGGGCAACCAAAUCUUUCAAAGCAAAGUCAUCAAAGAGAACCUUAGUCCAAAGUGGAGUGAGGUGUAUGAGGCCUUAGUCUAUGAACACCCUGGACAAGAAUUGGAGAUUGAGCUCUUUGAUGAAGAUCCAGACAAGGAUGAUUUCUUAGGAAGUCUUAUGAUUGAUCUUAUUGAAGUUGAGAAGGAGCGCCUUUUAGAUGAAUGGUUUACCUUGGAUGAGGUUCCCAAAGGAAAGCUGCACUUGAAACUCGAGUGGCUCACACUGAUGCCGGAUGCGUCAAACCUCGACAAGGUGCUGGCAGACAUCAGAGCUGACAAAGACCAAGCUAAUGAUGGUCUUUCAUCUGCACUGCUGAUCUUAUAUUUGGAUUCUGCAAGGAACCUUCCGUCAGGGAAGAAAGUAAACAGCAACCCAAAUCCUCUUGUCCAAAUGUCAGUCGGGCACAAGGCUCAGGAGAGUAAGAUUCGAUACAAAACCAGUGAACCUGUGUGGGAGGAAAGUUUCACUUUCUUCAUUCACAACCCCAAGCGCCAGGACCUUGAAAUUGAGGUCAAAGAUGAGCAACAUCAGUGUUCUCUGGGAAACCUGCGGAUCCCACUCAGUCAGCUGCUCACAAGUGAUGACAUGACCAUAAACCAGCGGUUCCACCUCAGCAACUCGGGUCCAAACAGCACCCUAAAAAUGAAGAUCGCCCUCCGGGUCCUCCAUCUGGAGAAGCAAGAGAGGCCUCCAGAUUACCAGCAUUCAGCUCAAGUGAAGCGGCCCUCUGUCUCCAAGGAAGGGAGGAAAAUACCUGUCAGAACUCAGAUGUCUGCAUCUCCAGGCACUGGUGGUAGCAACACAGCUCCGUCAACACCAGUCAUGGGGGUCGGUGAUAAACCUGGCAUGGAGGAGAAGACCCAGCCCCCCGAGGCCAGCCCUCCAGGGCAGCAUGACUUAGGCAGGAGCUCCUCUAGUCUCCUGGCCUCACCAAGCCACAUCUCAGCCAAGGAACCCACCCCAAGCAUCGCCUCAGACAUAUCACUGCCCAUUGCCACCCAGGAGCUGCGGCAGAGGCUGCGGCAGCUUGAAAAUGGGACAACCCUAGGCCAGUCUCCCCUGGGGCAGAUCCAGCUGACAAUCCGGCACAGCUCCCAAAGGAAUAAGCUUAUUGUGGUUGUGCACUCCUGCAGAAAUCUCAUUGCCUUCUCGGAAGAUGGCUCUGAUCCGUAUGUCCGAAUGUAUUUAUUACCAGACAAGAGAAGGUCAGGAAGGAGGAAAACGCACGUGUCAAAGAAGACACUAAACCCUGUGUUUGACCAGAGCUUUGAUUUCAGUGUUUCACUGCCUGAGGUACAGAGGAGAACGCUGGACGUGGCAGUGAAGAACAGUGGUGGCUUCCUGUCCAAAGACAAAGGUCUUCUUGGCAAAGUGCUGGUUGCUCUAGCAUCUGAAGAACUUGCCAAGGGCUGGACCCAGUGGUAUGACCUCACGGAAGAUGGGACAAGGCCACAGGUGGUGACGUAGCCGCGCUGCAGAGGAGGCACCUUUCUUGACAUAAGACGUCUUUCUUGAUGUAUCGCUCCACCUCAACCCGAAACACAUCUUGCAGAUGUACCAAUGCUAUUUUUAUAAUUUCAAGUAUUGAGUUAUACAUACCUUAAUUUUAUAAAAAUGUCGGCCAAUAUUGUUGUUAAAUUUUUAUGUUGAGUUUCUCCUAGCGCUUCACCAGGCACUGCAGUGGAGUUGUAGUUUGAUCCUGCGCCAUGUGGAACUGUUAACUGUACCUGCUGGGAAGCAGACACCUGUACUUGCUUAUUACUGCCUUGUCCUGCAUCACUGAGGUGCACUAUGCCAUGUAAAUAGACUAUUUUUUAUAAUGUCUACAUGCUUUGGAUUCAGAAGAAAAUGGAUCAAGGAAAUACAUAUUUUCUUCUAAACCUUAUUAAAUUUUGUGACUAAUCAUUUCCAUCCUUUCAGCAAAAAGUUCUCAUAGAUCUGUUGUGUGGUGUAAAAAUCUUUUUAUUCAGUAUUAGGAUAUUUAUGCCAAGUAUGAUUGAUUUGAAAGUGUUCAAAAUAUUAGCAUUACCACAAAUAGAAAGAUAUACUGAGAAAUCAGUGGUGGCUGAUAAAGAAACAUACUGUGUAAUUGAGUAAUAUAAAGUACCAAGUGUUGUCAAGACACAUGAAUCACAUGAGAUGUAUGGUUUAUUUGUAAUUGCUUGUUGUGACAGAUUCAUGGAACAGUGCAGAGAUGCACAGAUGCCAGGUGUGUUACCUCAUGUCUGUACUCCCAGGACAUGGUAAGCCAAGGCAGGAAGAACAAGAGUUAGCCUGGGCUAGACAGCAAGACCCUGUCUCAAAAACAAGUGUGUUGGUGUGUGUGUGGUGUGUGUCUGUGUGUGUACACAUACACUUUAUACUUUUCUCAAAGCAUAGGAACAAACUUCUAGUAGUAGGAGGUAAGCUCUUUCCAGAUUGGCUGCAAGCCUGGUUUGUUUUGUCCAUGUCUCUAAUGCUAUGAAAACAGAGAUGUGUUGUUAUAUAAAGUAGUGAAGCAGGUUGGAUGAGUACAAAGGAUGUUACGCUUCUGACAGCUGUUCACUUGCUGUCGGUGUGAGAACGUGGCUCUCGUCCAUCACACAGGACACACACCUCUGAACCAGGGCUUGCAGUGCUUCUGCUGACGUGUGGAGUCCCUAUGGGACAAAGGGACCCUGCCCAGCUCCAGCUCCGACAACUAUUGGUCUCUCCAUUUUCUGGGUUUGCUCGUUUUGUGCCAUGUCAGACCUUGAUAUUGGAAUGUUGUUAUAAAAUUUUUAUUUUGGAAUCCUUUUUUCUUUGUAGGUUAUGAAAAGCAUGUUUUAUAUAUUUUAGAGUCCCCCAAAACCUCUUGUGAGGUGAGGUUAUAUAGCAGUGUUAUAAGCUAUGCAUGUCUGUAUACAAAAUAUGCAUAAAUGCAGAAGGAUUUUUCAGUGCGCAUUUUAAGCUACAGGAUGAAAAGGGCUCACUUAAUAUGAGGUCAUUUAGAACUCUGUGUACAAAUACCAGGAAAUACAGCUUUGUAAUAAAAAUUGGGGACACUCCUUUCACAUGCUUCCUGGGACUACACCUGUGGGAAGCUUGUGUGACCAAACAUACCAAAGUGCCUGUGAUGAGUGUUAACUUCCACGUGUUCCUCUUGUUCAGCAGAUGUAAUUGUGCCUCGGUUUGUAUCACGCCAUGGGUGCAUUUGUAAUGGAGUCUGUGGCUUCACAACACAUCCCAGGUAAUUAUAGGGCCAGUGUAAUCUCACUCCCCUGUCUGCAGACACCUUCUGAAGCCUCUAUAAAUCUCUUCCCGUUAGUAUUCAGAAUUGGUUAUUCUAGGAGGAAGUUUGUGUCGUGCAUAUGAACAUAUAUGCACAUAAAACAUGCUAUGGUAUUUUAGUAGCAGGAAAAAGGCAGGCAAUGUCUUACUAAAUCUAGUUGCUUAUCCUUGGUAUUAGACUUUUAUUAGGUUCAUUAAACGGCUCUGUCAUAAUCUAUAGAAGAGGAGAAUUACUCAUUAAAAUGUUAUAUCAGUGGUGUUUUUCACCAGCAACCUAAACAUCUGUGUUUUGCACCCAUAUGCUUAAUCUGUCAAUGUAUAUUUUACUUAAAGGAAUGCUUUCUUUAAGCAGUUAGGCAAACUGAGUACAGUUAAGGGUACUAUCCCAAAGGAAGCCAGUGCAGCUGCUGUGGUGAUGCCCACUGCUGUAGUGAGGCCACAGAAGCUGGCACCAACAAGUUUGGAUACGAAAUCGCCUUCUGCAGCAUCCGAAUCCUCUAGCAGCUGUCUCCAUUCUUUUAAAAAGGAAGAUGGGAAGGAGAGGGAAUGUCUGAGGCAGUAGCACAUCUCCUGUUGUCCUGUGUAGGGAGAGCUCUGAGUUGCCAUCAAGACCACACAUACACCAGGGCCCUAAUGAUGGAAGACACUUUAAGUUCGCAAAUGUUAACUUUUAGUUAUUAAUAACUGACUUAUCUAGGAAAAGAGAACUUUAAGUUUUCUACUUCAAACCAAAUUAGUGAGGGGAAAUUGGGUGAAUUUGAAGUACAGCUCUGCUAGCUUGUACAUAUGGUUGCUUAUCCUGUGCCUUAAAGUACAAAGGUGUUUUUGAGACAAGAACAGAAGCAACCUUGCAACUGUAUUUAGCAUUUGUAUUCUGUACUCUAGAAUUCAUCAUCAGAUAGUUUUGUCCUCAAGAGGGUUUGGGAUUGGUUCAUAAACCCCAAGCAGAUGCAGAGAGCGCUGGUCGCUGCACCUGUAUUCUCUGGUUGCCACGUUGACUGGUCUCAGCUGCAUUACCCACUGCAGAGGACCCUGGAGGGUUGCUUUUGUUUUGUUUUGUUUUUAAUCAUAGAAUGUCCUUUUCGAUUAAUUAAUUUUACAUUAACAGUGCAUGUAUUUAUUCAAUAAAACAUUUAUGUUAGCUCA